AUGGUUGGUGAAGUUAGCAACACCCAACACUUGGAAUCAAAGCUCUUGGAUUUGACUAAUGUGCUAAGUCAAAUUGUGGUCGGAAGUGGUCAACAAUUGAUGGUGUGUGGCAUUUGUGCAAUGAGGGGGCAUUAUACGGAUAAGUGUCCCUCACUUGGUAGUGAACCGGAGGAUAGAAGUGGCAAAACACUUGGAGAAAGCAAUCCUAAAAGACUUUCAAGAGAAGAAGAAGAUGAGGUUAUUGUUUUUGAGCCUCCAAAGGUUGAAGCUACUCCAAAGGACACGAUUAUGCCAACCAAUGAUCAACCCGACUCUUCCAACAAGAACAUCAAGCCAUUGGUCAUACCACCACCUUUCCCAUCUUGGUUGGCUCCCUCAAAGAAACUAGAGGAGGAGAAAGAAUUUCUUGAGACUUUCCUCGAAGUUCAAAUCAACAUUUCACUAUUGGAUGCCAUAAAGCAAAUUCUGCGCUAUGCCAAAUUUCUUAAGGAUUUGUGCACCAAUAAGAGGAAGUUUAAGGCGAAUGAAAAGAUUCAAGUCAAUGCAAAUGUGUCCGCGGUUAUCCAAAACAAGCUACCACCUAAAUGCAAGGACCUAGGCAUGUUUGCAAUCCCUUGUACCAUUGGUGAUUUUCAUGUCGAAAGUGCAAUGAUAGAUCUUGGAGCCUCGAUCAAUGUGACGCCAUACUCGGAUUUUCAAUCUCUCAAUGUCGAACCUUUGGAAGAAACCGGAGUGAUAAUUCAAUUAGUGGACAAGUCAAGUGUAUUUCCAAGGGGCGUGUUGGAAGAUGUACUAGUGCAAGUCAAUCAACUAGUAUUUCCCGCGGACUUCUAUGUCAUUGACCUUGAAGAGAAGACCCCUUCCAAGUCUUCCAUGAUCCUUCUUGGAAGAUCUUUCAUGAAUACCUCUCACACGAUUAUUGAUGUUCAUAAUGGGAAGAUCGCCAUGGAAUUUGAUGGAGAAACCAUUCACUUCAACAUCUUUGAUGAGAUACCCUAG